AUGUAUGGCCAACAGCCCAGUACAGUUGCACCCGGGUUUUCUGUGAAGGGUCCAGCUGAACCCGUCAUGGUCCUGCUAGGGGCAGACGCCACUCUGCCCUGCCAGCUGUCCCCUGAGCAGAGUACAGCCCACAUGCACAUCCGGUGGUACCGAGCCCAGCUGUCCCCCGCUGUGCUUGUGUACAAGAAUGGGCAGGAACAAGGUGGAGAGCAAAUGCUGGAGUACCGUGGCAGGACCGAGUUGGUUGGGGACUCCAUCGGCAAGGGGACCAUGGCCCUGCUGAUCCACCACGUCCGUGCCUCUGACAAUGGCCAGUACCGGUGUCAGUUUAAGGACGGUCAGAUCUCCCAGGAGGCCACUGUAGAGCUGCAUGUUAUAGGCUUGGGCUCUGACCCUCACGUUCACAUGACGGGGCCUGAGGACGGCGGGAUUCGAGUGCUGUGCUCCUCAGGUGGCUGGUUCCCAAACCCCAGGGUGCAGUGGAGUGACAAGGCGGGAGUGAAGCUCCUGUCUCACUCUGAGUCCCUGACCCAGGACGGAGAUGGGCUCUUCCACGUGGAGGCAUCACUUGUCGUCAUGGACAGCUCUCUAGGCAAUGUGACCUGCUCCGUCCAGAAUCCCCUCUCUGGGCAGGAGAAGGAGUCAACCAUCUUCCUCCCAGAGCCCUUCUUCCCCAGGAUGUCUCCAUGGAAGGCAGCCCUGGCUGGGACACUCCCUGUGCUGGUGCUCCUCCUCAUCGGGAUCAGCUACACUGGCUGGAGAGAACAUCUGGCCAAAGAGAGAGAUCUAAAGAAGAGGGAUGAUGAAUCUGACGAACGUGAUCAGAUGAAGUGUGAAAAGAAAAAGGCGCUUAAUGCCAAAGCGAAUCUCGAAGCAGAGCUGGAGAGGCGGAAGAACUUAUACGCUGCAGAUUGGAAGAAGGCCCUGCUAUAUCCUGACUGGAGGAAGGAACACUUCAACCUUGCUCCUGUGACUCUACAUCUUAAAACUUUUCUCCAGAACAAUUCUGACACAGAGAGAAAAGAGACCUUGAGAGAGGAAACACAGGAUCUCUCUCUUAGUAACAAGCAAGGAAACGGCAACCUCAUCACACUUAAAGUGGAAGGCUUCAUGUCAGGGAGAUAUUACUGGGAGGUGGACAUUGAGGACACUAAUGAGUGGACUCUAGGCAUUCAUGAGGAGCCCACAGACAGCAAGGGAUUACAAUUCAGAAUCUUAGAGAAGAAGGGAUGUGACUACAGGGCUCUCGCCUGUUGUCUCAAAAAAAUUUCUCUAGCAGAGCAUCUCCUGAUAGAAAAGUGUCCACAAAAGAUUGUGAUUUUCUUGGAUUAUGAGGACGGUGACAUUUCUUUCUAUAACAUGACUGAUGGUAGCCACAUCUUUUCUUUCACCCAGCUCAGCUUCUCUGGGUCAUUGUAUCCUUACUUCAAACUGGAAUCCAUGGAGCUUUCCCCAUCUGCUUAA